AUGACAAAUUCAUCCGCCAAAAUUCAUACAAUGAAUUUACAAAUAAAAUCAAAUUUUAACAUCUUCAACGAAUUCAUCUUGCCAGCUCUGAAGCAGAAGAAACACAUGGAAGUCCUGCAUGACAAACAAUCUCAACCAGACGAACAAACGGAAACAGGUGGGAUCAAGGACGUUCACCCCUCCACUCCCUCACAAACAAUCAACGCGAGAGCUGACGAUUCACCAUCGUUCACGUCAACAACUUCAUCCACAAACAUGCUAAUCUCGCAAAGACAACAGCAUCAGCAACAGGAUAAAGAACAAGUAGACAAUAAAGAACAGGAUGAACAAGGAGACGAACAAGAGCCGGAACUAGAGCAAACAAACAAAAACGAAUACGAAACUUAUGACGACAACCAAUUGAGAGGACUCUACAAGAAAUCGAACAAAACUAAAAUGUCGGGAAACAAAAUUUUUGGCAGCAGAAAAAACAUGGACAGCUUCUCAAUCAACAGCACUUCAAAAAAAAACAACAUCAGCGAGCCCCCGCGGACUCAAUCCUUGAGCAUGCUCCUAACCAUCAACAAACCUCCGCCAAGGAAUGGCAAGAAAGGAGACAGCAAACAUUCUGGAUUAGCGAGAUUAUUGAGCAUCUUGUACGCCAUCCUGAUCAUCAUAUGCGGAUUCAUCUUUCCCAUCGUUGAAAUUCUUCAGGACCAGUGGCUGAAGACCUGGUAUAAUGGGAUGUACAUCUUCUACAUAUACACCCUGGGAACCCUGAUAUACAUCUACAUGCAGGUAGUUCUGGCACUACCAUCCAGCGACUGUAGUCGCAAAAAUCACGGUCGAACGGCUUCAUCAACAGACGGGCUAAGUGCCAAAAUUAGAAAUCACUACGUCAACCACGGUUUUGCCACCACUAAUUCAGCCAAAUUACACGAGCAGAAUUCAAUUAAAAAACCGAACACGGAGCUGAACGUUGAUGUCGACUUGGACAACAAACUGGCCAGUCAGUACAACAUAUCCAAUCAGGAACAGAACACAAGAAAACAAAAAAUUGGUCAUUCAACCAGCUUUAAUGAGAAAAAAAACCAUGCCAACAAAAAGUUAAUAACAGCCGUGUUGAAGUUCAACAGCACAACUCGCUUAAACAGUAGCAGUAACAUAAAUAGGAGGAGCACAACUAACUUGCCGACAGAUGAGAAGGAUGAAGAUGAAAUGUCGGAGACAAUUCAAAGGCACAACUCUAUGCUGGAAGAGAUUCCAACUGUGGACGAAGAAAUGUGCGAGGAAGAAAAGAUGGAAGAAAUUCUCAUUGACCUGUCCGAACUGGGGACCAUCUUCAGUCAUAAUGGGUCGAGUUUUUUCUUGCGGAUUGGGACGUUGCGUGAGUGUCAAGUAAAUGCUAACGUGUGCUGGAAUGUGUUUCGCUUGUUUGAAUUGCUUGUUUUUAGAUUAUGA